AUGUGCGACAAGGAAUUCGGUAAGUUAUGACGUAUUUUAUAGAUUUUUGGUUUUGGCGGGUAAUUUUGGGGUUGAAAUUUUGGGCGUUUUUUUAAAUUUAAAAAAAAUUUUUGAAAAAAAGUGGAUAAUAUAAAUAUUUUCAGCCCUUUUAUCAGUAUCCGACAAAACAUGCCUAGUUGAAUUGGCCACAGUGCUUCAAGAAGCCAACCUUCAACUCGUCGCCUCUGGAGGUACCGCCAAGCUUUUGAGAGACAAUGGCUUGGAUGUAAAGUAAGUUUUUGUUGAUUUCCUUUGAUAUUGAUAGUGUAGAUUCUUGGCUUUGAUUUGAUGUAUAAUUUAGGCAUGGGCUGAUUCUUUGAAGGGGCGAGAAAUUAAAAAUAUUCGGGGGAGAUUCGAUUUUUUCGGAAUUUUUGGUUUUUUCACGUUUUUUUCUCUUGAUUUUAGGUAAAAUACGAGGCCGAAAACAAAUACAUUUAUAAGAUGUUUUGAGAAUGGAAUCUUGGCUUUUAUUUGAUAUAUAAUUUGGGCAUGGGCUGUCUUUUAACGAGGUGAAAAAUUUAAAAGACUGAGAUGAUGUCUGAUUUUUUCCAUAUUUUUGAGGUUUUUUCAAAGUUAUCGCUUGGUUUUACGUAAAAUACGAGUUAAUAAAAAGAUUAGUUAUUAACUAUUUUAUUCUCUAAUAUCUUCUAAAUCUUUUUACAUCAAAUUCUAAUUUCAGAGAUGUGUCGGACAUCACGAAAUUCAAUGAAAUGCUUGGCGGACGCGUCAAAACCCUUCAUCCCGCUGUUCAUGCCGGAAUCCUGGCCCGGGACACGGCUAGCGAUGUUGCUGAUCUGAAAGUGAGUUCACUUUGAUAGUACUUAUACUAGCAUGUAUUGUGCCAAAAUUUUGUUCUGAUUGGUUCAGCAGUUUUUUAGUUAUAUUAAUUUGAAAUUUUUUAGGUAUCAAAUUUUUGGUUUUUUUGAAAAAAAAUGUCAUUUUUAUGCCAUUUUAUAAUGUUUAAUAUGUCAAAUUUAGGUUGUUAGAUAGCUUAAGAUGUUAUCUAUGAAAUAAAGUUAACCUUUUGCAACUUUCAGGCCAAUAACUUUAACUAUUGCCAAGUUGUUGUAUGCAACCUAUACCCAUUCGAUGCCACAAUCAAAAAGGAGAAUUGCACGUUGGCCGACGCCAUCGAGAACAUUGAUAUUGGUGGUGUGACGUUGUUGAGAGCUGCUGGUAAGAACCAUGAACGUGUUACCGUGCUCACGGAUCCAGCUGAUUAUGGCAAAUUCAUCGAAGAGGUAAGAUUAAUAUUAUAUUGAUGUAGCUGAAGGUGGAUUUUGAUUGUUUGGGAUUAAAAUUUGUGGAAAUGUUGGUUUGUUAAGGUUUGUGAGUGUAAGUUAAGGUCAGAUUUGAAGGAUUUUUGAACAAAAUUAGGGAAACGGACCAGUUAUACCAAAAAGGGACAUGUUAUACGAUCAAACAUGUUUUUAGUCAAAACUAUGGUUUGUAGCUAAAACAUGUCAAAACAAACUUACAUAUAGGAAGAAUAUGACAUUGUUUACCAUUUGUAGCAUUUUGUUUUGUCAAACCCACGAAAAUCUUACUUUAACAUCACUUUACAUUGUUGUUGGUCAUGGAUAACAUAAUAUCAAGCUAAAAGCCACGUAGUUUUUUUAUACACGCAAAAAUGUCAUAUAUGUAGACAAAAAGACGUGUAGAUCUUUGAUAAGUAAAUUUACAAUCAAAACAAAAGUCAGUCGACGAGGAAACGGCUCCCCCGGGAGGGACGGGCGUGUUCGGCCCAACAACAAAAAUUUCACGUUUUUGCGCCGUUUUUGAGCCGAACCUGCAAAAUUUGAGCCGUUCUGGAAGUUUGGUUCACUUUUUCUUGAGAUUUUAGGCAUUAAAAUUUUUUUUUGAAUUUUUUAAAAAUUAAAAUAUUUUUUAAAUUGGCUAUUGUAUGACAUGAUAAACAUAAGGAAGAGUCCUGUAUAACGAGUCACUCGGGGAUUGAAAAUUUGUUUUGUUAUAGAGGAGUUUUGUUAUAUAGAAGUUUUCAAAGAAUUAAUUUUAGUGGGAGGGGUAAAAUCUUUUUUUUGGUGGUAAGAAGGGGGGGGGGAAUGGGGUGUUGUAAAGGAAGGAAAAAGAAUUUUUGAAGAUUGAGGAGUAAAAUAUGUUUUGUUAGGGCGGGUUAAAAAAAAUUUUUUUUUGUUUAGGGCAAAAUAAAAAACUUUUUUUUUCUUUGGGUAGGGUCGGGUAAAAAAGUAUUUGGGUAGGGUAUGUUAAAACAGUGUUUUAAGAGCAGUGGUAAAAGCAUUUUUUUGGUUGGAACGGCGUAGGGUAAAGUGUUGCGGAGAAAGCCAUGUAAAGUACACUAAAACUUUUGUAUAACGAGUUUCUUUAUAGCGAACUUCUUAUAUCAAAAAUUAAAACGUCCGAGCGAUUUGUUAUAUAGGGGUUCCACUGUAGUACAGUGACUGUACUCGUUUAUGGUCAUUUACUGAUCAUAUGUGGUACAAUUUUACUAAAAUUUUGAAAAAAGUUUUUAAAAAAUGAAAUUUAGGCCUCAAGGCAAUUAAUUUUAUGACAAAUUACGGCUGAAAAAUGACUAAAAAUUAAAAAAUAAUAAUAAAUUACACUCAUCUAAGCCUCGUUUGUCUUAAAAAAUAGGGAUUUGUUUUUAAAUAGUCGUAAAUUUUUAAAAAAUUCGGUUAAAUUUGAAUAAUACGACUUCUCUUCAAGCAGCGUGAGGUCAAAUUAUUCGCUAGGGGGUGGGGAGUAGACAUGAGGAACGGUUCGGGCCUGAAAUAAAGGCCUGGCCCGUUCCUCAUGUCUAGUGGGGAAGGUGAAGGGGGUAAAGGUGUGAUUUCACCCGUUUGUGGUCACACUGUAAAUAGAAUUCGAAGUGUUUUACCAUGGAAGGGAUGGGUAAAUAACAAAUUUAAUGUUAUUUAUUCGAACGGUAACGUGUUCGAACGCGUGCUCCUUUAUGUGAAAGAGUUCACGGGUUCAAAACCUUCGAAUUUGCAGAGGUUGAAACACAUAAGCAAGUGGUGUUUGAAAAGGGCAGGCAGUGUUUUGCCGGUCCGCGGACGGGUCCGGUCCGGACUGGACCGGACGGACCGAAACAGAAAUUUUUGCGGACCGGACCCAAAAACCUGCGGACCCGGACCGAAGAAAAAGUUCCGGACCGGUCCGGAAGAAAAAUUUUUUUUUAUUUUAAGAAAACUGUUUUAAAAAUUGCAAAUAAAAUGUAUUUUUAAAAGUUUUUAAGCAAAAAGAAAGCAGUUUUAGCGAUCCUUGAUUUUUUUAAAAAUAAAAAAAAAAUUUUUUGCGGACCGGGCCCAAAAAUUUGAAGUUUGGACCGGACCCAAAAAAUCGCCGGACCGGACCGGUGAAAAACACUCCGGACCGGUCCGGGCAAAACACUGAGGGCAGGGGUUCUUUCUGUGGAGGGUAGGGUAGAAAAUAAUUAUAGGGGGGAGGGGUAAAAUAUUUUUGUGGGGGAGUGGGUGUGUAGAGAGACUUUUUCUUGAAAAGAAAUGCAAAAAAAAAUUUUUUGGAGGGGGGUAGUUUAAAAAAUUUUAAGGGGGGGGAGUAAAAAAUGUUUUGUUAAAUGGGAGGUUAAAAAAUUUUUUGAGUAGGGGAAGGGGUAAAACAUUUUUUGAGAAAGGGGGGUGGCGUAAAACAGCUUUUAUUUAGGGCAGGGUAAAAAACCUGUUUUUUUUUGUUUAGGGCAGGGUAAAAAACUGUCUUUUGGGCAUGGUAGGGUAAAAAAUCGUGUUUAGGAAGGGCAGUGUAAAAAAACGGUUUUUUUAUGGUUAGGGGAGGAUAAAAAGCUGUUUUUGGGCAGGGUAGGGUAAAAAAAUCUUUUUUUGGGUGGGGGAGGGUAAAAAAUUUUUCUUGGGAAGGACAUGAUAAAACUGUUUUUUGGCAGAGAUAAACACAUUUUUUGGUUAGAGCGGGUAGGGUGGAGCAUUUUGGGACAGGCUGUGUAAAAUACGUUCAUCCUAUUUAUUUCUAUUUAAAUUUCUCUUUAAAAAUGACUUUUUUUAAUUUCAGUUCAAAAGCAACAACGGCAAGGUGUCAAAGGAGACUCGCGAGAAACUGGCAUUGAAGGUAAGUGGAUCUUUAAAAAAAAAUAAAAAAUUUUUUAAUUUAAAAAGUUUGAAAUAUUGAAAAAAAAAUUAAUUAAAAUUCCUAAAACUAACUAACCAGGGACGUCGUUUGGGGGGGGUACCGAUCCGAAUCCGAAAGGUAGGUACCUGUACGUGAAAAACGAAAAAAAUAGCUAGCUACCUGUGGACCAAAAAAUUUUCGACCUCCCCCCAGAGAAAAUCCGUAGCGACGUCCCUGUAACUAACAAUUAAGUUAAAUUAAGCUUAUUGUAAGAGAAACAGAUCAUUUUUAAACUAAAAAUGGCCUAAAAUUAGCGCAAAACAGGCCUAAAACGCCACCAAAGCAGUAAAAAUGAAUGGCUAUGGCAAAAGUAAAGCAAAAUAAUGAAAAAGCCAUGCCAUAUCUAAAUCACAACAUUGUCUAUCCUUUUAUACAUUCUUUCUCCUCAACUAUCAAUCAAGUUUGAUAUCAAGCCAUCAUAAAUCUAAACAACAAUAUCAGGGGCGUCGCUACGAAUUCUGCAGUUCUCCGCGCGGUCUCUUCAUUUCGCCACGUUCUCUCGCCUCUCUCUCAUUUCUCCGAUUUGAGGGGAAAUGUCUGCGUCUCUUCGUUUUUUCAUUGCAAGUCUCUUCAUUUCUCGCAUGGGUAGAGAGGCGCGACGCGCUUUUUUCGCUCUUUUGCACUUGAGCGAGAGAGAAAGAAGACCCCGUGCGAAAAAGGAGAGACGACAGACAUUUCCCCUCAAAUCGGAGAAAUGAGAGAGUGGCGAGAGAACGUGGCGAAAUGA